AUGCCCCAGAGUGGUGCACACGAUGUCUAUAACACCGUCAAUUUGGUGACGCAGUGCCUCUGUAUCCCGAUCGUAUCGGUAUUUGUGGCGUUGCGAUUUUACACUCGAUUUCGGUUUAAGCAGAGCCUCGGAGUGGAAGACUAUGGAUGCGCUGUGGCUUGGGCCUUGUUUAUGGGAUACUGUGCAAUCUGUAUUCUGAUUGGACAACAUGGCGGAGGCUAUCAUAUGGACGACCUAAGCGCGGCUGAAAUCGUUCAAUUCAAGAAGUUCUGCUACAUCGCCACCAUUCUCUACUGCCCGAUGGCACUCUUCGUCAAGAUUGCUCUCCUUUCUAUCCUCACGCGCAUCUUCGCCCCAUAUCGUGGAAAAGUAUGGUUUAUCUACAUCCUUCUCGGCUGUCUCUGCACCUAUUACACCGUCGCCCUUAUCGUGAAGAUUCGCAUGUGCGACCCGAUUCCUUUAUACUGGCUAGGGACCGGCGAGGGCUCCUGUCUUGAUCAGAAUGCGGCUCUCAUUGCCGACUCAGUAAUUAGUGUCGUCAGCGAUAUUAUCAUUCUCGUUUUGCCGCUGCCCUUGACCUGGUCGCUCCAAAUGUCCCGGAAUCGCAAGCUCCGUGUCAUUGGUAUCCUCAGUGCGGGAGGUCUUGCGACCGGAUUCAGUCUGUAUCGACUUGUUCUGGUCUUGAAGGAUGGAAAAUCCCCCGAUUUCAGCAUUACAUUCACGUGUGUGAUCAUGUCUGGUAACGCCGAGGGUGGCGUCGGUUUGAUCUGCGCCUGUCUACCCAUCCUCAAUGUCCUUUUGGCCCACUACAAGAAAAACUACAGCUCGCAGAAAUACUACAACCAGAGCUCGGAGCUGCAACUGGACACCCGCAAAUCCUUGAACAACUCCAAGUCCGGCACCCGCUGGGACAAAUCGCCAAACUUCGGCGACCAAAGCCAUCUCAUCUCAUUUGCCGGUACCCCCGAGGCAGCCGACUCGGUUUAUAAUGAAGAUGGAAUCAGAAAGACAGUCGCGGUGGAGCAGACCGUGGAGACGGCAGAUAGUGAUACCCACAGCCACUGA